AUGUCGUCCGCGAACAAGACGUCUGGGGGGAAGUGGGUGAGCCCCCGUGUGCUACAGUACAAGCAGCAGCAGGGGCCUAACACUGGUCCGGCGUCUGGCAAUGGUGGCGUGGGUAGCAAGAUCAUGGAGGACAAGGCCAUCGCUGCGGCCCGCAUCAAGGAUAGCCAGUGCAGCCCAGCACCAGAGGUAGAAGUGGCGGAGUCGAAGUUCUUUGAGGUGCAAGAGGCGACAGAUGCGCUGAGCAACCUCGCCCACAAUGCUGAAUCGUCGACCUACGAGCUGUGCGGGAAGCCCGUGGUGAAACCGCACCAGACCACGGAGGAAUUCCACAAGAUUAUUAUGGAGCAAGUUCAGAAACAGGUGAAGUAG